CCGACUUUUAAAGUUAAACAUUAUUUUUAAAGAAUAAAAUGCCUGUCUAUGUUACAUUUUGUUCAACCAAAGAAUGUUGGUCCUUUUCGAAUCUAUCUGCAAAGCCCGUUGAAGAUUUUUUACAGCAUGUUUUACAAGAAGAAGAAAGGUCAUUUUUUUACAUUUUAUGCAAUGGUCGAAAAGUUUCUUCAGGCAGUAUUUUGGAGGAUGACAGAAUAUAUCACAUUGUUCCGAGAGUUUUUGGUGGUAAAGGAGGCUUUGGAUCUAUGCUUCGUGCUAUUGGAGCUCAAAUUGAAAAAACAACUAGUAGAGAGGCAUGCAGAGAUCUAAGUGGUAGAAGGAUGCGGGAUAUUAAUAAUGAAAAGAAAUUAAAAGAAUGGCUAGCUAAAGAAGCAGAAAGAGAACGUGAGAAGGAACAGCGAAAACAGGACCGUCUUGCCAAACGACUAACUUCACAUCAGCACAAAUUUGAGGAUAAAGAAUAUUAUGAGCAGAGAGCUAAAGUACAAGAAGAUUUAGAAGAUGCAUUAAGUAAAGGUUUAAAAAGAAAGCAGAACAAAAGUGAACCAAGUGGGGCUUCUCCAACCAAAAAGUCAAAGGCAGAAUGGCUGGGUGUAGAAUUGGAUUCAGAUGAUUUAGAAAGUGGCUCUGAUAAUGAAGCCCAACCUUGUGAGCCGUGUUCAUCACAAAGCACUAGUGGUCUCAAGGUACAGACAGAAACAAGUCAAAGCGCUGGUUGUAGUACAGACAGUAACUCAGGUCCAGCUUCAUCAACAGAGCCCAGGUUGCAAGAAGACACGACUGAUUCCACAACAGCUGAUGGUUCAGUUCAUUCAUCAUCUGACAGCUGUUUGGAGGUAACCAAAGACAAGGGAGAAAGUGUUAACCCAUUACCACCAGCACAACCUUGUGGUUCACUGGAACCUCUUGAUCUGGAUCAGAUCACCAGCAGUCAGGAACUCUGCCACUUUGGACUGGAAAGAUUAAAGACUGAGUUGAUGGCAAGAGGACUCGAGUGUGGUGGUACACUUGAAGAAAGGGCUGCCAGGCUUUUUUCUGUCAAAGGGCUGGCACCAGAUGAGAUUGAUCCAUCACUUUUGGCCAAAUCUAAAGGGAUGGGGAAAAAAUUGAAGUAAAUGCAUGGGAUACAGUAUAUUUUAUAACAGCAUGAUCA